GCCGCAGCGGAGGGUGGAGGCGCUAGGGUUUGCUCCCAGGUAAGGUGAAGAGGCGUUGGUGAGGCAGCCAAAGAUGGUUCUCAAGACAGAGCUGUGCCGUUUCAGCGGCGCCAAGAUUUACCCAGGGAAGGGUAUCAGAUUCAUCCGUGCAGACUCUCAGGUGUUCCUGUUUUCGAACUCGAAGUGCAAGUGCUACUUCCACAACCGUCUGAAGCCUGCCAAGCUUACAUGGACGGCCAUGUACAGGAAGCAGCACAAGAAGGAUAUUCAUGCUGAGGCUGUCAAGAAGAGGCGCCGCACCACCAAGAAGCCGUACUCCCGGUCUAUUGUUGGUGCCACCCUUGAAGUCAUCCAGAAGAAGAGAGCCGAAAAGCCAGAGGUUCGCGAUGCAGCCAGGGAAGCCGCUCUUCGUGAGAUCAAGGAGCGCAUCAAGAAGACGAAGGAUGAGAAGAAAGCCAAGAAGGCAGAGGUGGCAAAGUCUCAGAAAACUUCUGGGAAAGGCAACGCUCCCAAGCCUGGGAAAGGCCCUAAGCUCGGUGGUGGUGGUGGGAAGCGGUAGUCCCAUUUCCUGAGAUGAUGUUAUCUUCUAGAUCAAAAAUCUAAUGUUAUGUAUCCAGUCGCUUUUUUGGAAGAAAUUUUUGCACUGUCAGUUAUCCUGAGUACCAUACAAAAUGGAGGAACUUCAAUUGAAGCAUUUUUAGAGCCUUUUUUUUUCUUGUCUAUCUGAAGUUCAUGCUUUUGAUAUG